UGUCGCUGGAAACAGGAAUCACCGGGCCAAUCACAGGCGUUGAAUCGUCCCGUCUAUUGGUAGUGAUCCCCUGAACCCCAGUAAUGGCUGUGCAAGCUGAAUGCUAGCUGCGCCUACGACGAUGGUUAAAACUGGCGUGAGGGACGUCAAUAGAAUCCAGAAUCUUUCCCGUCACGUCCCGCGCGAAACGAGUGACGACGGCAACUCUUCGACUUCGCGACGCAUAACGCGCCGAACUCGGAAUAUCCAGUCAUGUGGCCAAAGGCGUCUUGGGGCCCAGCGCUCGUGUUAGGCGGUCUCCUGCCCCACGCGGCGCAGAGCCAGCGGACGGAGCGCUGUCUCGCCUGCGUUCCGGAGCCCGUGAGGGACGAGGUCGCGGUGGGAUUCGACCUGGCGCCGUCGUACGGCGCAUCUGCCGCUUAUUUCCACAAUGGUUCCAGCGUUGACCUGGCCAAGGUCCCCGCCUCGUUCGAGUACCAGGAGCUCAUGAUGAGCGCUGUAGAAGCGGCCCCGAUACCCCGGCAUCACAACGACCGGGGCAUUCGGCGGUGCACGCAAUGGGUAAUCGGAUUAUUGCAAAGGCUCGGUUUCCAUAUCGCGCCACCGGAUCCAUCAGAGGCCGCCACCCUCCUGGUUGACCUCAUCUCAAAGCUGAAGGAGGAGUCCGAGGCUGCUCUAGGGCAGCCCAUCACCCGCGUGUCUGUCACCGCGCCUUGGUUGAGGAAAUGGCAAGAUGACUAUCCGGAUAUCCACCCGAUCAAUGAAGCUCUCCUACUCGCUGGAUUGACGCCUUUUUCUAUGGAUCUCGAAGAGCCGGUGUAUAUCACGGAGACGCAAGCGGUACUCGCAGCGAACGGGCACCAGCUGUGUGAACCGUUCGGGUCAUAUCGGUAUGGUGAACAGGACAAGAAGGAGAAAGAAAGUCAGGGUGUCUUUAUUGUCAGCUACACGGAGGACACAAUCUAUACCGGAAUUGAAAGCGCCGAAUGCUUUUACAACAAACCCAAAGCCAGCUCCAUCAGGGGAAACAUUUCCAGAGGCGAACUUCUCCCCGCGGAAGAAACUUUAAGUCUUCAGCCCUAUUCGGAUAUAAGGGAAGCCAUAUUCGACCGUGUAAUGCAGGAGUUUAGUUGGUACCAUGAGCAAAAUCCGGAUUCUGACCCAACGGGCAUCAUUGUCCUUGCCGGCGAAGGCGGCGACCUGCCGUUGUUUCAGUACACAAUGUGGGGCAUGGCCUGGGGAGGGAGAAUUGCCAAUGCUUUCACGAAGGCGGCAGAGGAAAAAGUAGAAAAUUGGACUGGUUACGAACAGUUCAAAGUUGUCCAGUCGGAGAACGCGACCUUUGCAGCUGCCAGAGGCGCGGCAAUGUGGUCGCGAUUGAGACUCGAGGCGGGGCACUAUUGCGUGGCUGCCGAGUGUGGGAGAGGUCGGCCCAAACCGUUCUCUCCCUUGGAUGGGAUUGGCGAGGAGUCAUGUGCCCCGACCACGGGGUUUAGUGUGGAUGAUGAGGAUGUCUGGAUAGACAUAUGAGUGUGAUUUACUGAGUGUGAUUUGUAUUGGCGUAUUUGGGGGUUGCGGUUGAAGGCACCGCGGAUAUACAAUAUUCUACAUUUUUAUUUCAAAUCUAGAAAAAUAAAACUACUCAAAAUAUCAAUAUAGAAGCACG